GAGGCUCGUGUUGUGUUGCAUUGGAAAAGUUUCAGAGAUUAGCUGAUAGAUCGUACUAUUUCUGUCAAGUUUCUGGCUUCUGUAAUAAAUACAUCAUCCUGUUAUAUUAAAUUAUUUAUUAAUUUUAAAAUUCAAUUUUGUAUGAAGUACUCGGUAGUUCUAAUCAGUUUGGCUAAAUGUUACGGCUAAAAGGGUAUCCUGGUUCCAAAUAAUUUCACUUCGUGCAUUGUUGGUCACCGCAGUUUUCAAAACCAACGAUAGAGCAUGAUUGGACCAUAUUUAUGAACACCACAUAAAUUUUGCCAAUAGAAACUUACGUUAGGGACACUUAUUAGCUAGAGUGAUAAGGUGUCAAAAAGUGAACGAUGGCGGCUAAGCCGUUUUGGCAUGUUAUGGAAUGUCAAUCGGAAGAGAAAAUUCAUAAAUAGUGGUAAGACGAAAGUGUUUUCGUGUUCAGCAAUGGCCACUAAAGAAACUGUCAGUGUCGGUGAUGGCAUUGCCGAACCAGGAAUUGAACCUGGAGCAUCGGCUGAGACUAUGCUGGUUACCACUGACAGCUUUGAGGAAUAUGAACAGGAAAUGAGUAGCAGUAUAGAUGACAAGCAUAUGAAGGAGAGCACGACAAGUACGAUUUCAGAAAUACAAGAGGAAGUUCAAGACAUUCCUGUAACACCUACGCCAACGAGUCCUGUGGAUCUUAAGAAGGUUGCAUCACCCGAUGAUCCUGAGUUGGAGGAUAUUUCUUAUCAGUUUGGUCAGACUAGCUUGGAUGUUGAUCCACUGAGAAGCAAAGCAUGGUUAGCACAGAAGAAACAUGUUUUUGUUUUAAGUCAAGCUGGGAAACCUAUAUAUUCUAGACAUAGUUCGGAAGAUAAACUAGUUACUGUUAUGGGAGUUAUGCAGGCGUUAGUAUCAUUUGUCCAGGACGGCAAUGACAUGAUAAGAUCUGUGCACGCAGGCGAUACAAAUUUCGUUUUUGUUGUAAAAGGACCACUAAUUUUAGUGUCUGUAUCCAAAACAUUGGAAAGCGUACCACAACUUGUAUUACAGUUGACAUAUGUAUAUAACCAAAUCCUCUCCGUUUUAACGCAGUCACAGUUAACAAGAGUUUACGAUCAGAGAAGAAACUUUGACUUGCGAAGGUUGUUAACUGGCAGUGAAAGACUGAUAGAUCACUUGUUGAACUUUAUGGAUCGAGAGCCAGCAUUCUUUCUAGGUGCUGUUAAGUGUUUGCCUCUCUUGCCUUCAAUGAGGGAUUCCAUUACACAAACAAUUGUUCAAACUUGUGGUAAAAUUAAGAAUCUUGUGUUUGCGAUACUUCUAGCUAACAAUCAAUUGGUAACUUUAGUCAGAAUGAAGAAAUAUUUUAUACAUCCGGCAGAUUUGCACUUAAUUCAAAAUUUGGUCGAUAGUUCGGAAUCAUUUAAGAGUGCUGAAAGCUGGACACCAAUAUGUUUACCAAAGUUUGAUUCUAAUGGUUUUAUGCAUGGUCAUGUGUCAUAUCUGGCGGAAGAUUGCCAGGCCUGUUUAUUGUUGCUCACUGUUGAUAGAGAUGUAUUUUUUACACUCUCUGACGCUAAACAAAAAAUAGUGGAAAAGUUGCGCAGAACAAAUUGUUUAGAAGCCAUAAACGAGUCUAUGAACAAAACGUCUGUAACUACCGGUGAAAUUGGCUUGCCUGAAAUGAGGCACGUUUUGUACAAGUGUAGGAGUACAGCGCAAUUUUGGAGCCCUGGCUUCCAAUCACCCUACACCACUGAUGAAGAAGUUGAGAGAUUACUUGGAUUAUACCAGUGUCUACAUCAUAGACUGCAUGCACCUAGUCGACCGUUGAAAUUAAUAUUCCAACAGUUAGAUAAGGAAACUAUGUUAGCAUGGGUGACCUCCGGAUUCGAACUAUAUGUAACGUUUGAGCCUCUGGUGACAAAACCAGAUGCUAUAAAUUCUGUAAGCAAAUUGUUGAAGUGGAUAAAGAAAGAGGAAGAAAGAUUAUUUAUUUUGAAUUCACCGACAUUCUAACGUUUAUAUGAAUAUAAAAGAAAAUACUCGUCCAAUAAUACGAUCAGCCUUGUUCGCGCUCUCGAAACCGUAUUAAUGUAUGCAACGUUGAUAAAGGCAAUUGAACAAAUGUAUACGUUGUGUACAACAUGUAAAAGAAUUAAUCAGAUGUUAGGGAGACUUAGAAAUGCUAGAAUUAUACUAUAACAGAGGUCAGUCCUCUAUAACUGGCAACAGCAUCAUACAAAUAGGUAAUACCCAAGUGUUAAAUUGAAUAACUCAGAAUCUGUAUUUAGAAGGCAAAACUAUUAAUACCGUAUUUUCGAAGUAUCAUCAACAAAUAGAUCAUUUUUAUGGAAGGAAAUUUUUUCUAUGGAAUUGUCACUAGAAUAUUUUAUGUACGCAUGUACAUCAUACUUUGCUCACUAUUUUUAAUUAUUAAAGGAGCUCAGAUUUUUAGCCAAGCGAAUCGUGUACUUUCAUCUGCGCUUUUCGUUGAAGUUGCCCUUAUACAUUCCACAAUUGUGUAUACCGCUGAAGUCAAAGGCGCAGAAAGAAGUAUCAACUUUGCUUCAAGAAUUCGAGCCCGAUUUAUUAUUGUCAUACAUAAAUUAAAAUGGAACGUAUAAAGAUAUAAAUAUUACAAAACGUCAUGGAUGCAAUGAAAAACAAUUGUAUUUCUAGAUAGGCUAUGAUAUUUUCAAAGUAUUUUAUUAUGAGCAGCUUAAAAGUACCGCUAUUAUGUUGAAAAUCUGUACUUUGAAAUGUAAAAAUGUUAUGUAUACGUGUCUGAAAAAUUUAAAUAAAAAACUUCCUUGCUAUCGUAAAAUAAGUAAAUGUGAAACAGAUUUUCAAUAUAAUGCUAGUAUUUAUAAUGCUAAAAUUGUUAUAACGUAUCCUUCUUGGGUUAACGCACUGAUUCUAGAAGAUAAUGAUAGUCAAUGCAUUAUCCGGAAUCCAUGUUCAUACUCAUUCACAGUGUACGGGUAUGCUACUAAGUAGCAUUUAUAUUAAUAAAUAUGAUUUUAAUAUU